UGGAACAGUCAUCGCCCACAAAUUUUUGUAUAUAUGGUGGGUGCAGCAGCUGAGCGCUCAGCGUUUCUGCAGCGCUAUAACGCAACGGGCACAUAGCGAUGCGUGCCGCAAUCCAAGAACCAAGUUCGCCAGUCCAGAAAGUUUGGAAGCCAGAGCUGUAUAAAAUACAGUUAGAGGCACCCGCGCCCAAGCCAUUGUGUUGCAUAUGGGCGCUUCCGACUAAUACCGACACCAAUAACGAAAGCAGUGUCGAUGGUGGAGGAGGAGUGCGAACGAAGGACGAAGAUGCCUUGGCGGUGAGUCAGUAUGGAUCGGUAUAUCAUGGCGUGAUGGGCCAUCUCGAGGCGGAACAGCUGCUGGCCAAUGCCUGCGACGGCAGCUAUAUGUUGCGGCGUAGUCCGAAGGCUCGGGACUAUCACACGCUGAGCGUGCGCUUCAAUAAGCGGACCAAGCAUUUCAAGGUGUUCUAUAAGCCUGGCAAGGGACAUUAUUUGCGCGAUCAGGCCAAGCACUAUGAGACUGUGCACGAUAUGGUCGCAGACGGACUUAUUACUUUCUAUAUGCAGCUGCGUGCCGGCCCAAUCAUACAGCAGAUCAAUCAACAAACCAAAAACUGUUACCAGCAGAGUCCGUACAUGACUCUCAAUCGGCGCAAGCUGCGUGCCCUCUCCAAUGAGUUGGCUAACGAUGUGCCGCCGGACCAGAAACAGUUGGCGCCCAGCGGCGUCACAGCGAAUCCACAAGACAAUGACAUCACACAAGCCCAACAACCGCUCAACGCUGUAGAUCCGAUGCCUGUGAUCUACGAAAAGCCGCACAACUUCAAGGUGCACACAUUCAAGGGCCUGAACUGGUGCGAGUUGUGCGCGAACUUCCUGUGGGGCUUUACGGCGCAGGGCGUCAAAUGCGAUGCCUGCGGAUUUGUGGCUCACUCCAAAUGCUCGGAGCUGGUGCCGCCCAAAUGUAUGCCCGACUUGAAGCGCAUACGCGGCGUCUUUGGCACCGAUCUUACCACAAUGGUGCAGCUGCAUCAGUGCACCAUACCCUUCGUGGUACGUCGCUGUGUCGAGGAGGUGGAGGCGCGUGGCAUGCUGCAAGAGGGCAUCUAUCGGGUCUCGGGCUUUGCCGAUGAAAUCGAUGCCCUCAAGCUGGCGUUGGAUCGUGAUGGUGAGAAGACUGACAUGUCCGAGGCCGCGUACGGCAAUGUGACCGUCAUAGCCAGCACCCUCAAGCUCUAUUUGCGCCUGCUGCCUGUUCCGCUCAUCACAUUUCAGGCAUACCCCAGUUUUAUGGCUGCAGCGCGCAAUGUUGGCUUAAACGAGCAGCUGCAGCUGAUGGCCGAGGCAGCCAAACGUCUGCCGCCUGCGCAUUACAACUGCCUUAAAUACAUGCUGGAGCAUUUGAAGCGAGUUGCCUCGCACUAUGCCGUCAACAAAAUGAACGAGCACAAUCUUGCCACUGUAUUUGCGCCCACGCUGAUUGCCACGCCCCAGCAUCUGACGAAUCUCACCGAAGAAAUUUUCAUGUUGUCCACGCUUAUAACCAAUUGCAAGACAAUCUUUGCCUGAGACGGCCAAUAACACAUUUCUCUGAUUUCCAUGCCAAAAUCACAAGCAUCCGUCUCACAAACUGGAUUUAGAAAGAGACAGACAAAAAGAAAGGGAGAGGGAGAGCGAAAAUCAGCACGAAUGAACAAGAGAAAGAAUGCUUUGGGGCCAGUUGUCAAACAAUUUACGUUCACCAAUGAUCGAUCCAUCAGUAAAACCUUAAUUAGUUACGAAUCAAAAAACUGCCCGGCAUACAAAACCUAUAUAUUUAUUCUUAUUUUGUGUCGCAAACACUUACAUAUUUUAUGUUAUACGCCAACCAAUUAGUACAGUAAGGGAAAGUGUUUUUAUAUACAAUUUUGUAGUUUGAGAAGGACGCUAAUAUUAAUACAAAUAA